UCAAUUAUUGUUUGAAUUCAUCACAUUUGUCAAUUCCGCGUAGCACGACUAUCAGUUUGCAAUUUGAUGUACGCGGCGUCGGAAACAAUGUCGAUUCAAGAGCAUGACAACCACAAUGUCUCAUCAAUUCGGCGCAUGACUGCCGGUGGCAAAAAGAAGAAGCGGACUGCUCAUUUCAAAAAGCGCGGACAUCCAGUCUUCAAGAUUAUGUUCAUCGUCUUUUCACUUUUGGCAAUUCUCUCCAUUAUCAUGGCGUGUGUGGCGACCGCAAUGAUGGUUAUGGUAUGAGAGCAGUAACACUAAAUGAGUACACUUGGGACACACAGACAGACACAACACAAUUGAACAUAUCCACCUUGUCUUUAAUAAACAUUUUUCCCAAUUCUGAA